AUGAGUGCCACACAAGGGACCUUGUCUUACGACUAUAUCAUAUGCGGGGGAGGCACGUCAGGCUGCGUUGUCGCUGCACGGCUUGCAGAGGACCCCGAUGUCAAGGUCUUGCUUCUGGAAGCGGGGCCAGAUAGUGCAGAUAUAGAAAACGUCCAUAUGGUGGGAGGCUGGUCUAACAACUUUGACUCGGAGACGGACUGGAAUAUCAUUACCAAUCCGAUGCCGGGCGUGGAUGGUAGAGAAGUGAAACUAAGCAGAGGACGGUUCCUCGGUGGCUGCAGUGGAUGCAAUGGCACGCUGUGCAUUCGUGGAUGCAAACAAGACUAUGAUGAUUGGGGACUUGAGGGUUGGAGCGGAGAGGAGUUCUUCAAGUGCAUGUCAAAGGCGGAAACAUUUCAUCCCAAGCCAUGGCUGGAAAGCGUGGAGGGCGCUCAUGGAACCUCUGGGCCUAUCCACACCGAACCGCAUGACCUUACCCCGAUAUCAAAGCGGAUUAUGGACUCAUUUAUAUCCAAGGGCAUGCCAUACCAUGGGGAUAUAUUCUCAACCGGCGAUGUGCCCCAUGGCUGCGGCCACGUUGUGAGAACCGUGUAUAAGGGGCUCAGAUCGAUGGCGGCGGACUACCUUACAAAAGAUAACCGCAAGGAUAACAUAACCAUUCUGUGCAAUACAUCCGUAGACAAGGUCAUCAUCGAACCCCACGAAGGCGGCUUUUUAGCAAAAGGGGUCGCAGCCAUUUCAAAUGUCGACCGAACCCGUCAUACGUUCUACGCAACUAGGGAAGUUAUUGUUAGUGGUGGUUCCUAUUGCAGCCCUGCUAUCCUUUUGCGAUCUGGAAUCGGACCACAAGAAGAGCUAGACAAACAUGGCAUUGGUUGCAAAAUCAACCUCCCUGGGGUUGGCAAGAAUCUAAUGGACCAUCUUAUUGUAGCCAUUUUUUAUGAAACUGAGGAAGGGCUAACAACUGACCAUCUUGCCUAUCACGAAGGUGCUUUUCAGAAAUCAUACACCGAGUGGAAAGAAAAAAAGUCUGGCUUCCUGUCGUCCUUUCCAUUUGGAUCCUUUGCUUUCGCCCGUAUCGAUGAUCUCUUAGCGGAUGUGCCGGCCUGGAAAAAUGCGCCCCGUAAAGAAGGGAGAGACCCGAUGGGGCUCACUCCACGUCAGCCAAAUAUCGAACUUUUCAACACAGAAUGCUACGGUGGGCCGAAGCAAUAUAACUUAUACCCAACGGAUAAACAUGCCUUUUCCCUUAUUGCUGAGCUCUUUGGUCCUAGAUCUCGUGGGUCCGUGACAUUGAAGUCUGCAGACCCCCUUGACCCACCAGCCGUCGACUGCAACUACCUUGAUGACCCGCUGGAUAUGCUUGUAAUCACCGAGGCCUGUAGAUUUGGUAAUGAGAUCAUGACGGAAGGGCUCGGGACUAAGGAUAUUAUAAAGGGUUCUUGGCCUCCAGAGCUUAAGCAUCAUACCUUCAAGACAAGAGAGGAAUGGAUACCCUAUGUCAAGGAGCAUGGAACAACUUGCUACCAUCCUGGCGGAACAUGCGCCAUGGGCAAGUCGGACAAUCCAAAUGCUGUACUUGAUGAGAAACUGCGUGUACGAGGCGUAACCGGCUUGAGGGUUGCUGAUUGCAGUGUCAUGCCUCUCUUGCAUGGCGGCCACAACCAGAUGCCUGCCUACGGAAUUGGCGAGAAAUGCGCAGAGAUCAUUAAGAGUGGAAACUAGACUGAGGGGAAUCACUCACCGCGCCAUAG